AUGAGCCAUACUCACCACAUCGAUAACGAAGACCCCCUCUUUCAAUUUGAUUCUUAUGACCAGCUAAUAUCGCCUGUUAAUCACCUCGAGGUAUCUGCGAGGCCACAACUCUCCUCCUUAAAUGGUGUGGACUUGACCGGCAAGCCCUCAUCUUCCAAUUUCAUCUCUAAGACAUCCCAACCCCGCCCACCGUUGUCGUCUGGAAAGAUGGAGGACACCGACGUCAAGGGCAAGGGCGUUCCUCAACCCGUAUUCGUCGCAGCCAGUGGAGUACUCGAGGAUGAUUGUGCUCCCGAUGCCGAGGACGACAUGUUCGCCAUGUCCUUGGGUUCGGCGAGCAGUUCCGUGCAGACCCCUGUCCUCGAUGUCGACGAAGAGACGGACGAGGACAUCGGCGACUCGCUAGGCAAGGGAAAGGCACGAGAGCUGCCCCCCAGCUUGCCUCCGUUGUCGCUCUACACCGAGCUCAACUACGAGAGCUCUGAUUGGCCGUCCUUCGAAGCUUCUUCCCCUGCUGCUGCCGGGCCCUCCUCGUACAGGUCCAUCUCCGCAUCGAUCAACACAUCCGAACGAGGCCACAACGUUUCGGUGGUAGAUCGUGUGAGCGCUCCGCCAGAGUUCUCGGGGCAAGUCCUCGGCGUGGUGCGCGUGCCUUCGCGCAGACGUUCGUUGUCCAGCCUGUCUGUCCGCUCGAACCGCUCGCUCUCGACGCUGUCGAUGUCGAAGGUGAAGGUGAGGUUGGCCGGGACGAAGGGGCCAGGCAACCUCGCGCGCAAGCUCCUGUUCAAGAAGCGCACCAGCCCGCCGGAGAGUCCUUCCUCUGCAGAUUCAACGAGUGACAUCGAUGUCUCUGGCUGUGAAGAAGCUAGUUGCUUCUCCCCUUGGUCGCGAGAUCUCAAAGGUCGAACGACGGCGGCUCCUAUGCUGGAUCUUGACCUGAGUCUCAGCGGACUCGAUCCGCUGCUGCCUCUCUACUGCGCGGGUCGUGGCUCCAAUGAGUGCAACAUGCUCCGGACCAAGGGCCGUUCCUACUCUUCUCCAUUACCUCUCCCGUCGACUCCACUUGAUCUAGUGCCUGUAACUACUGCCGAUAUAUUUGAGCCCAUUCGGGUUGUCUCGCGCAACUACUUCGACGAGUACCUCCCGCAUGAACUUAAAGUGCAGGUGCUGGCUGCACUGGUCCAUCUGCAUGAGGCGGAGUACCAGAGGAACGUCCGCGAGGGUGAAUGGACCGUGCUCAAGGCGUCCUCGUCGCGCAACAAGUGGGUCGGAACAGCGAAGGGGCUCCGAGAGCUGUUCAGAUUGAGCCGGGUAUCGAAAUACUGGCAGGCCCUCGUCUACGACGGGCAACUGUGGACGAACCUGGACCUCCGUUACUUCCCAAAGCUGCCGGCCAGUGUCCUCGCCCAGCUGUGCGACGUUGCUGGCGGGUUCAUCCGACACAUCGAUGUUACCGGGCACGUCAGCCUUUCGCACACAACUCUCCUAGACAUCACGAAUUUCCUCUGUAUCCAAACCUCAAUCACGGGCGAUCUGACGCACACACACCUCACAUCUAUUAAUCUGCAGGGCUGCUCGGCUCUCAGCACGCGUUCUCUUCACAACCUAUUAAUACGGUCCCCUAGCCUGCAGAAACUCUGCGUCAAGGGACUGACCGCCGUGACGAACACCACCUGCGACAUCCUUGCGGUGUAUUGCCCCAAGCUUGUCACCCUUGACUUUAGCAGAUGCCCCAAUAUGGACGGAGAUGGUGUUCAUUGUCUGGCUUCCACAAGGCUCGCGCGUAAAGAACACUUACCGCUGAAGGUGCUCAGACUGUCGGGCCUCAAACGCGUCACCGACGAUAUGAUGGCGUGUCUCGGGAAGGCCGCUCCGGAUCUCGAAGUCCUUGACCUCAGCUACGCUCGCGACCUACACAACUCUGCCGUCGAGGCCUUCGUGGCUUGUACAGAAGCAGAUGCGGUCGACGGCACGGCCGUGCAGCUCACGUCUCGCGAGGCCGGCCGCGAUCCCUCGGACCCGACGUCGUAUUGGCGGCGGGUGACGUGCCUCCGUCACCUGGCUCUGUCAUCCUGCAUCUUCCUGACGGACCACGCGUGUUCGCAUCUGGCACACGCUGUGCCGAAACUCGAGUUCUUGGAAAUGGCGGGCAUAGGCGCGGACUUGAGGGACGACGGCCUCGUCCGCCUGCUGGGGACUACGCCCUUCAUCCGCAGACUGGACUUGGAGGAUGCGACUGAGAUCACGGACGACCUCCUAUUUGCGAUCACCCCGGAUCUUGCGACAGCUUCUGCGCCGUCCUCGCGCACGCCCGUCGCUCCACAGCCCGGCCACGCGUUGGAAUAUCUCGUCAUUUCGGGUGCCAACAACAUCACCAACGACGCCAUGCAGGAGCUCAUUUGCAGCUGCUCGCGGCUACGCGUUCUGGAGGCCGACAAUACGCGCGUGUCGGGACUCACUGUGCGUGAGUUCGUGGAGACGAUGCGCGAGCGAAAGAUGGUGAAUGCGCAGGUCGUCGCGAUCGACUGCCGUAACGUAGGCGAGAUCGCGGUGAAGGACCUCAUCCCGCAUACGCGUCCGCGGAUAGGCUGGCGCGCGUGGGAGGCGAAGAAGCUCGGGUACUUGGACGCGAGGGACGAGGAAGGCCUGAAUGUCGGGCAGGACGAGUGCGAUAAGUAUCGUGUGGCGUUGAAGACGUUCUAUUCGUGGCAGACGGUGGAUGCCGUGAGGGCCGCGCGGGACAAGAAGCGCAAGUCGAAGCGCAGUGUCAAUGUAUCAUCUAGCGGGGCGGGGGAGUCGCCUGGGCCGUCUAGCCGCGCCAAGUGGUGGUCGCCAGGAGGAAGAAGAUCGGGUGCGACUUCACCAUUGGUGAUGGACAUGAAUAACGACCGUGAGGGCUGCGUGUUAAUGUAA